UUGAACAACAGCUGUUGUCUGAACCACCUUUUAAAGUAAAAAGUAGUAUUGAGGAAAUGUUGAGUCUCUGUGGGUACAAAACUAAAAUUUUUAUCUCUGUUCAUAGGUUAUGUUACUUUUCCCAUAAAAAGAAAUAUAAAUGACCUUUCAAAAUCUUCAUUGAAUCAUGGUAGUCCACCGAUUUUAAAAUAAGAAAGAAACUUAUGCACUGAUCUUAGAAAAAUAUCUAAUGCAUCGGCAUAACGCUACUAUAAGACAUAAUAAGUAACUACCUAAUUAAUAACUUUCUUCUUCUUCUUCUUCAAGUUCAUGUCUUCCCAGAAUAUUGGCGGUCAGUCGCAUGAGCUUCACUUUGUCCGCAGCAGAUCUAAACAAUGUGGUGGUGCUUACUCCAUACCACUGAAGAAGAUUUUUGAGCCAAGACGUUCUUUGAUAACCAGGGCCACGUUUUCCCUCUAUUUUUCCUGGCAUGAUUACGUGAAGCAAUUCAUAAUUUUUAAAUUUCUCAUUACGUGGGUAAAAUACUCCAGCUUUCUUCUUUUAGUGGCAUUAAGUACCUCUCUUUCUUUGUUCAUUUCGAAAGCCUUAAUCCUCUUGCACAUUGUUCCAGUGAUCGUCCAUGCUUCCAUACCGUAGAAUAAUAUGCUAAAGACAUGGCAACGUAAUAAACGUAUUCUUACGGGAAUUCUUAAGGUUCUAUCGGUUAACACAUUUUUCAUGUCCUUAAAAGAUGUUCUUGCUUGCUCUAUUCUGUUUUUGCUUUCUUGAAUUGUGUCCCAGUUUUCAUUCACCAAUUUUCAGAAACUUAAAUUGAUCGUUCAUAAAAAUUAAGUAGUUUGAGUUAUGGAGACUUUUAUUGUUUACAGCGUUUAAGGGUAAAAGGGGUUUCUCAGCCUUUUUUCCUGGAGUGAAAUAAUCCAUAAGUUUUACAAUAAGGGAUUGCUCUUGCUCUCUUUUACCAAAUGAUAGGGACAUUUUGAAGCGACACAUCCAGUAAUGAACUAGAUAAUGAUGUCAUACUAUGACGAAACUGUACAAUUGCCCUUAUAUAGAUAAAAAGUACGAGUAGAAUUGAACUGAGGUGGCUUUUACUUGAUGAAAAUCCAUUUAUCAAAAUAAAUAAGAACUAAAAGUUCAGCUUUUCACGAAAUUAUAUAUUUUCACAUGACAAUUGUUUCGACAUCAAGACAAUACAGGUUGAAAUGCGGAUCAUGUCCUAAAAUUUAUAUUGGACAAACAGGUAGAUCCUUCAAGAAACGCAUUAACGAACAUAAAAGAGCGUUUAAAAACAAUAAUCUAGAUUCUAAUUAUGCUACACACUUAAACACAAAAAAACACAUUUUUGAAGACAAUUUUGAUAUUUUACAUACAGCCACAAAAAGCAGAAAAUUAAAUUUAUAAAAUGAGACAUUCAAAUGUAUUGCUUAACGAUCAAUGAGAUUUAAAUACCUCUCCUUUAUUGAACUUAAAUUCUCACAACAACAAUAAUUAAGGUUUUAUGAUCAUUUUUCGGUAUAUAUAGGAGCAGGUAAUUUGUAAAUAUUAUAUUUGACAAAGACACGGUGUUGUCGAAACAAUUGUCAUGUCAAAAUAUAUCAUUACGUGAAAAUCUGAACUUUUAGUUGUUGUUUACGAGUAGAAUAUUAUUGGGGAGGAAGAUGAUUAGCUGAAAUAGGUACUUUAAGUUUAUUUGAAAUGUAGAUAGGUGCUACAGGUGGUAUUAGGUAUAUCAGCAAGAUUUGCGAUGGUACUCUGCAGACGCCAACAUGAUGAUUGACGAAACGUCAGCAAAUUCAUCUCAGCAAAAAAAGGACGCAGGAGGAAUCCAGAAGUUUCACGUAUUGAUUCACGGAUGGAAAAAUGUGAUAUCAUCCGUUCGUUUCUUGAACUCCGACUGGAAUCCUGCAGACGUUUCGUCAAGAUCUCACUUGGCAUCUUAAAUGCUCGCGCUCCUAAAACACUUCAUUUUUUUUCGAUCACAUUUGCUUAUGUGCGACGUAUCGGUCGAAACAGGAUCUGCAUCUUACGACCCGGCAGCGGUAAAAAAAAUGGCGGAAAUCCCCGCGAAGACCUGCAGCUAAAUUUAAUUGCACGACAUGUCCACACGUGUAUUUCGAAAGAUCUCUUGGCGUUGGAAAUUCGGUCGUCUACAAAGCUCUUCGCGAUAAACUUUAACCUACCAGUUGAACAAACGAUAGUCGGACAUUCGGUUGCAAAAUAAUCUGGCAGAAUGAGAAACGUGUGUGCGUAUUUUAUGUUAAUUCUUUUCGGUGUGGGUAUUAGUGAAAGUACGCGCGUCGCGAGGUCAAAAAGACAGGCUACCAACGCCAGCAACGAGAUCGACGACAAUUUGAUUAUCGAAAUUUUUAACAAUUGCAAAUGCGUGCUCCACUUUCAGUGCGACGCCGAUAAUUUUAUUAUCACCGGGGGACAAAGCUUGAUUGAAGAAAGAGCGGACAGUAUCAAGCGGGUCAUAUGCAAGGGAGGGAACUAUUCCGGACAGGUAGUAUGUUGUAAAUUAAGAGGAGAUCCGGAGCUGAAGGAACCCAGCGUGGAUACAACCACCACAACUACAACAGAAGGUACGACCGCAACCACCAAAGGAAGUGAAGCAACUAAAAAACCGAAAACGAGAAAAUGCGGCACUCAGCUGCCUCUGAUAAACGUAAGGAUCUUUGCCGGAGAAGACGAAUUAACCCCCGUCCACGGGGAAUUUCCCUGGAUGACAGCUAUUUACACCACGACAAAUGGCAAUAAGUAUGAUUUCCAUUGUACUGGUUCUCUGAUUCAUGGACAGGUGGUUCUUACAGCUAAUCACUGUGUACGGCGAUUUAAAGCGUCGGAUGUGACAGUUAUCUUAAACAGCCAAAUCGAGUUGCUCAAUGUUGGCGAAAACCCGGAAAUGCAGAGGAACGUCAAGGAAAUCAUCACACAUCCGGAAUAUAAUUCGGGUGCCCUUUACAAUGACAUAGCCCUAAUGGUCUUGGACGUGCCGUACGAUGUUAAUAACAAAUCGGUCCCGAUUAACACGCUCUGCGUAAAUCGCAACACUCCGUUCGAAAACUUGAAAUGUUUGGUAGCGGGCUGGGGCAAGAAACCACCCAUGAUCGGCCAAACGCAAAUAUUAAAAAAAGUGGAGCUACCGACAAUUGAACACGCCCAAUGUCAAAAUUUAUUGAGGGGUACUAGAUUGGGUCCGUAUUUCAUUCUAGACGAAUCUUUCAUGUGCGCUGGGGGAGAACAUGGAAAAGAUGCUUGUAAAGGUGACGGUGGUAGCCCUUUGAUGUGCCCAUCAUCUAGCGGAAACAGUAUGUUUCAAGUAGGAAUCGUCUCAUGGGGAAUAGGGUGUGGCACCAAAAAUGUACCGGGAGUUUACACCAACGUUGCCAAGUUUCACAGCUGGAUUAAGAACGAAUUGCAAAAUAGAAACAUUGCAUUCUAGUCAAUUUUACCUUUAAGUGGUUCAGUUUUGUAUUUUUCUUUUUUAAAAGUCAUCGAAUCUUGAUAAAUUUUUCAUUUCUGUAUUUAAUUCCUGCUAAUGUUUACGUACACAACUGCUAAACUAUUUUGUUACUGAAUUGUUUAUUAAUUAACUAUUAUGUUUGAUGUUUAUAAAGAUAUUUGUUUUCA